AUGGUGGAACGACACGGAUCGGUGAACCCGACGAAGCCGGCGAAUGCAGCAGAAGUGGCUCGAGAUGUAGCCGCGAGACAAAAGAAUUAUAACAGAACGUGCUGCAACUUGUGUCACAUCAAACUAGGUGAGUCAUUAGGCAAAAAGAAAGAAAGCGAGAAGAGAUUUGAAACAUGACAAGUUGAGGAGUUCAAAGGUUCCCAUGCUAUCAGAUAUUCUAGGUAAAGAGCUGCUGCUUGUCAGUUUUAAAACACUAGGAACCAAUUGUCUGCGAGUGGUUUAUAGGUUCGUUAACGGUAGAGCCAUCAGGGUCCAGGUGUUCUGUUCAUAAAACUUUACGAGGGUACUUUGAGCUUCUAGUUUUUUCGCUCCGAAAUGUUCAGAAAACGUUGUGUAGUGUACACCAAAUCCUUUGAAACGUAGACUUUGGUCAGUGAACCUUGAGAUCCUAGACAUUUCAAAAAACAACAACGAAGGGGGAAAUCGAUAAAUCAUCCGAAUCUAGUUCAAUUGGAAAGUUCAUCUGCACUCGGUUCGCACUCUUCUCCAUCCGUCCGUCUGUCACACAUAGGCUAACUAACUAAUUGAACGCAUCACCUGUCCGUCUCCGUCCGUUCCGUUAUUACACAGCCCCCCACUGUACAAUAGCAAUUCAGGAGCCGCGUUCCUUGGCGUCAUCGAGGCAACGAUCGCAGUCGCGGUGCUCAUCGGAGCUGCGCAGCAGGUUGUGUGGAAGAAUCAGCACUCCUCGUCCUGCGACAAAAAGUGAAUAGAAGAAAACUUGAAAAGGAAUGAAAAACUAUGAUUUUUACAGCAUCUUCCGCGACUGUCUGAUCUUCCAGUUCAACCACUUCAACGUGACACUCAUCUUCGACUACGUCGUCAUCCUCAUGAUGAUCUUGAUCCUCUUCUCAGUCCUUUGUCUGUUCUUCGGAGUGGCCAGUGACACCUCCUGCCUCAUCCUCCCCCAUAUCGUUGUCCAGGCCUUCUUCCUUCUCUUCUCCAUCGGAUAUUUUGUACUCUACGCAUUCUCCUACUUCUAUGGAGAUCUUGUAGUCCAUCACAGGCCGUUUAUGGUAAUUUUCUUCCGUCUGUUCCAUUGGCCACUCGUUUCUUUCAGAUCCAAUCGAUGUUCGAGCGUAUGUGGCUGGCCACUUUGCUACUAGUGCUCGCCGCAUUACAAAGCUAUUUGUUUUCCUCGGUGAUCCGAUGUAGCUUAUACUUGGCCGUGAGUUCUCUCGCUAUCGCCUCCAUUUGAUCUCACACGCUUCGACUUGUUUUUCCCGUUUCUCCAGACUAGUCAUUGAGCAUGCGACUGAAGCGAGAAUUCGUAGAAUCUGGCGUCAAGUUUCAGGACAUCGAAGAGACCCGACGACGCCGUGAAUCAGCAUUCGAACGGUGCAGUGAGCGUGUUCGAAUUGCGAAAGAAAACGGGCUGUGGAGAACGACGAGUUGGGGCGGAGGCUUCCAACAGUACACGGGGCAGUACGAUCGUCCAAAGAAGGAGGUGAAGAACAAAGGAUUUCAUGUUCAGUGGAACACGGAUGUCGAAGCGGGAGUGGUGAGUGUGAAGAAGGAAACGGUCGAGCUGGCGAGGUAAGUAAACAUUGAAAUGGAAAAACGUGAAGUUUGCUGGUUUAGAAUCGAGUCCGUAGAGACUCCUCCGCUCAGCCCGAUUCCAGAGGAUGAGAUCAAGGAGCCGUCGCCUUCAAAGACCACGCAAAAGUUGAACCGAAGUGCAUCGAGAUCAGAGGAAAGGAGGGGGUCGACCAAUUCGAACUCAUCGCAUCGAGUGAAUCGAGGUGCAUCUGAAUCGCCGAAGAAAGAACACAAACCGAGAUCGGUGAAGAAAACGGCAUCCGAAGGAACGAGUCGAAUCGAGGAGGAUCUGCGGAGGAUGUCGUCCACGAAAGAGCAUCAUCACAAAGAGCAUCUGUAUCGGGUAGAAUCCAAGGAUUCGCCGAGUAUGCCGAAGAGACAUGUAAAGUUGAAACCGAGUGAGAGUUCCAGGUAAAUUGAGGUGGCACUACUGAACUCCCUUUUCCAACUUUAGAGAAACGCAAAAUACGCCUUCAACUGCUCGUCGGCCUUCUCUGAAAAAGAACCGAAGUGUGGACAGUGGGGAUCAGUACGACGAGGUGGCCGUCUUCUACAAAGAAAAACAUCAUCGGAGGAGAUCAUCGGAUCACGGAAGGAGCAAAACGAGCAGAUCUCCGGAGAGUGAGUACGAGAAUGACUACUGGUAAUGCCUGUUUACUGGCCGGUUUUGCACGAUCUCCGAAUCGCCAACAUUUGCUCAUUUCGUUUUCAGAAAAAGAGAUUCCGAUCGUGAAAAAAGUCUCAAUCACUGCUUCUUCCGCCCCGUUUUGCUGA